CCACCGCCCUCGCGCCCCCCUGCCUCCCCGCGCACGCACUACUCUCGAUCGGCCAUCGUCUCCGACGCACGAUCGUCGUCGUCGAACCGCCCAACCGGCGAACCAGUCAGCAAGUGACCGGCGGACACCAUGCAGGCGGUGCGUCCGGCCGCGGAGGGGGAGGAGGCACAGGCACAGGAGCAGGCGGUGAGGGAGGAGGUGGCCGAGGUGAAGAGGGAGGUGGCGAAGGCGCACGAGGAGGAGGCGGCGCCUGAGGAGAAAGACGUGGCGGUUGUCGGGGAGGAGGCUGACGCCGAGGCGGAGGCGGAGGCGGAGACUGAGGGCGAGGCGGAGGCGGAGGCGGAGGCCGGUGCGUCUGCCAAGAAGAACCGCAUCCAGGUGUCCACCAACAAGAAGCCGCUCUAUUUCUACGUCAAUCUCGCCAAGAGGUACAUGCAGAACUACGACGAGGUUGAACUCUCUGCUCUGGGGAUGGCCAUUGGUACCGUCGUGACUGUCGCCGAGAUCCUCAAGAAUAAUGGCCUCGCCACUGAAAAGAAGAUCCUGACAUCAACCAUCGGCACCAAAGACGAGUCCAAGGGCCGGCUUGUCCGUAAAGCCAAGAUUGAGAUUCUGCUGUGCAAAUCAGAGAAUUUCAACAGCAUCAUGUCUAGCAAGAAAUCCGACCGCCCGAAAUCCGCCGAGGAAGAGAUCAAGGUGUGAUCUGACCAACUUGUCCAGCCGUUCUCCAGCAGAGCCCUCCCUCAUGUUCCAUUUCCAGAGGUUGGCAGCUCACCACAGCAUUACGGAUUGAUGGGGCACCGGCAGUCUGAUUAAGUACUAGUAAUCAGGGUACCUUAAUUACCUUGUUAGUCCUUGUUGUUGAGAUGGAUCAGAUCUUGUGAGUUAAGUAAAGCAUGCAAGAUAUAUAUGUGUGUGUCAACGGCAUCGCCACACAUGACAUGAUGAUGACGAUGAAACGGUUGUAGAAUUUUACCAGAGGCUGGGAAUGUCUCUCUAGUUUAUUGUUGUACGAACAAACGCUAAAGGUUUCUGUAAUUUUGGUGCUGUCGCUGGCAAUUUAAUUUCAAAACAACAGUUAAUUAA